AUGGACGUCUCACCCUCGACGUGGCGGCUGCUCGGCCUAGGCGUCUCAGCCAGCUACAUCGGGCUCGGCGCCUUCGCCAUCUCGACCCCGAGCCUCUGCGCACAGGCAUUCGGGCUGUACCCGACGAGUCCCGCGCCAGGGAGCAACGCGAACCCGACGCGCUCGACGACCAAGCCCGCCGCACACGCCAACACAGACAUCGCCAACCACUCCCAGGCCGUCGAGACGUCCAUGGUCCUCCUCGGGGCGCGCGAUCUGACCAUCGGCUUGGCCGUGGGGAAGUUGGCGUACGAUUUCAAGCUGCGCGAGACCGGCACGCUACUUCUCAGCGGCAUGGUCUUGUGCGCGGUGGAUGUGUAUGAGGUUUUCCGCCUGAGGGGGCCCAAGUGGGCGAGCGUGUUUGCGGUCGCGGCCGGGGUGUGGUUGGGCAUUGGGGCGGGGUUGGUCCAAUCGUGA